AUGCUGGUGACCUAUUUGGAAGCCAGCCGGGACCUUUGCGAGACGGACUCAAUUCUUUUUGGCGCCGCGCUGGCAGUCUGCCGUAUCAUAGGCGCCAAGGUUUCCACGGCUGGACGCGCUACUGGCCAUAGUAGCGCUAUCCCAGUAUGGAGAAGAAGAAUUGAGGAACGUAUCGCAAAGGCUAGAGCUCUCAUCGGCAGACUGAUAUGCUUCAGAUCAGGCAACAACAGGCCAAGAAUUGUGCGCACCGUCAGGAUGGCGUUUGCUGGGACAAAUGUCAGUUUGUCCCAGCCGGAUAUAACGCAAAAACUGACGGAGAGCAUAGAUGAUCUGAAGCAGAGAAUCGCUGCUUGGGGAAAACGGAUUCGGCGAUAUACCAAGAGGUCGACACGGUUCAACCAGAAUCGUCUCUUCCAGAGUGAUCAGAAAAGGCUCUAUGAAUCAUUGGAGCGACCAAUGGUAAGUGGAACGGGUCCAGCACCGAAUCAGGCCGACACUGUAGCAUUCUGGCGCGGCCUGUGGUCAGAGCCCGUAAACCACAGCGAGGGCCCUUGGACGGAAGUUGUGGCGAGUCAGUGUGCGGGUAUUACGCCCAUGGACCCCGUCAUCAUAACGCCGGAUGACGUAGCUGAGGCGGUCCGUAGGGCCCCGAACUGGAAAAGUCCGGGGCUUGACGGGCUGCAUCACUACUGGCUGAAGGGGUUCACGGUGUGUCACUCUGUGCUUGCCCGACAGUUUCAAGAGGCUCUCAAUCAGAAGUCGCUCCCAAGCCUCUUCACUACUGGGAUCACUCAUUUGGUUCCUAAAGACCAGGUAAAUUGCCUUGGUUAUCAGUUAGAGGCAACUAGUGAGUAA